AAUUUAUUUAUAUUUUGAGGUUUUCCCUAUAUGUCGAUGAAGUUGAAAUAGAUGUUGUCAACCAACACAAACAAGAAAGUAUCUGCUUAAGUAUAGAAGAAAAAGACAUGCUUCUCUGAGCUCUGCUUCUAUAUCUCCAACUCCGUCUUCAUUUCCUCUGCCUCUUUUUACUUAAAUACUUUCAUUCUUUACUUAUUGAUUUAACUUUGGUUAGAUUCUUCUCAUCUGCCUAUCCAACUGCACUUGCGAUUUCCAUGGCUAAUGCGCUUCAUAACGCUGCCAUGUCUUUUGGUUUUCCAUCCCUAUCCACUCUUAGAACCAUGCAUAAAGAUAAAAACAUUGAGCUGAAAAGAAUGGCUGUGGCGAUUAAGGCAAAGUCUAAUAGCGAUUUUGAUGACUCGGGCGUUGAUAUUUCUUUGAGUCACAGAGUUGAUGCAGUGAAGCCUUCCAAAACUCUAGCCAUAUGUGAUCACGCCACUGCUCUUUCACAAUCUGGAGUUCCUGUUAUUCGCUUAUUUUUUGGAGAAUCUGAUUUUGACACUCCUGCUGUGAUAGCUGAGGCUGGAAUGAACGCAAUUCGUGACGGUUAUACCAGAUAUACCCCCAAUGCUGGGACGUUAGAAUUGCGCCAAGCAAUAUGUCACAAGCUAAAAGAGGAGAAUGGAAUUAUACAUUCUCCUGAUCAGAUUGUGGUCAGUAAUGGAGCCAAGCAAAGUAUUGUUCAAGCAGUGCUUGCAGUUUGUUCCCCAGGAGACGAGGUUAUUAUUCCAGCUCCAUUCUAUGUGAGUUACCCAGAAAUGGCACGACUGGCUCAUGCAACACCUGUGAUUCUUCCAACCCACAUACUGAAUGAUUUUCUUUUGGACCCCAAACUGCUAGAAGACAAUCUUACAGAAAGAUCCAGAUUGCUUAUUCUUUGUUCACCAUGUAACCCAACAGGGUCUGUCUAUCCUAAGAAAUUACUCGAAGAGAUAGCCCAAAUUGUAGCAAAGCACCCCAGGCUACUGGUUCUUUCUGAUGAAAAUUAUGAACACAUAAUUUAUGCACCGGCAACUCAUACAAGCUUUGCAUCUUUACCUGGAAUGCGGGACAGAACUCUAACUGUUAAUGGACUUUCCAAGACAUUUGCAAUGACUGGUUGGCGGCUUGGGUAUAUUGCUGGUCCAAAACAUUUUGUUGCAGCAUGUGGAAAGAUUCAAAGCCAGUUUACUUCAGGAGCAAGUAGCAUAUCUCAGAAAGCUGCAGUUGCUGCAUUAGGAUUAGGCUAUGCAGGAGGAGAAGCUGUUUCUACCAUGGUAAAAGCUUUCAGGGAAAGAAGGGAUUUCUUGAUUGAAAGCUUUAGAGACAUGGACGGAGCGAGAAUAUGUGAACCACAGGGUGGAUUCUAUGUAUUCAUUGAUUUGAGCUCUUAUUAUGGAAGAGAAGCCGAAGGGUUCGGUUUAAUCGAAAAUUCUGACUCUCUGUGUCGCUAUCUGCUGGAAAAGGGCCAGGUUGCUUUGGUUCCAGGGAGUGCAUUUGGAGAUGAUUCUUGCAUCCGCAUCUCUUUUGCAGAAUCCCUUUCUACUUUAAACACAGCAGUAGACAGAAUUAAGAAUGCACUCAUCUCUCUAAGCUCUUAAAAAUACAUUCAGUUUUUCAUUUAUUUCUAAACAAAAAGAUUUACAGAAAGUUUGAGAUUCCUGCUAGAAAUUACAAAGUGAAGUAAUGAAGAAUCUUGAAUAUU